AUGGCGUGUCCAGCCCAGCACAGAUGGUCCAAGGUGACCCAGCCCUGCCACCAGCACCUUCCACGUGUGCCCAGCCUGGAGCCAGCUCUGUCCCUCGUGCUGCAGAUCCCCAGGUACAUCCUGACCCUGCACGAGCUGCUGGCCCACACGCCCCACGAGCACGUGGAGAGGAACAGCCUGGAUUAUGCCAAGUCCAAGCUGGAGGAGCUGUCCAGGAUAAUGCACGAUGAAGUGAGUGAGACUGAAAACAUUCGGAAAAACCUGGCAAUAGAGAGGAUGAUCAUCGAGGGCUGUGAGAUCCUGCUGGACACCAGCCAGACCUUCGUCAGACAAGGUCUGUGGUAUGACCGUGCCCCUGUGCAGAUUGUCGCUGUGACCGUGCCCCCUGUGCUCCCCCCACAGCACUACUUCACAGUGAACUUCAACCAUGAGAACCAGAAGACGCUGGAGCUGCGCACGGAGGAUGCCAAGGACUGUGACGAGUGGGUGGCAGCCAUCGCUCAUGCCAGCUACAGGAACCUGGCGACGGAGCACGAGGCGCUGAUGCAGAAGUACCUCCAUCUCCUGCAGAUCGUGGAGACCGAGAAGACUGUUGCCAAGCAACUCCGGCAGCAGAUCGAGGACGGGGAGAUCGAGAUCGAGCGCCUCAAGGCCGAGGUGAAGCGCCCGCUGCUGCAAGCCCCAUCCAACCUUCCCCUGACCACGUCAGGGAUGGGGCAGCCAUGGCUGUGUGGGCAGCCUGUGCCAGGAGCUUGGACGAGCUGUUGGAUCUCCAGCCUGGAGGGCUCAGAGCAGCACCGGGGAGAGGCAGCAGCACACACACCUGGGUACAGAGCCAGGGACCUCACUGUGCUGACCGAGGGUCCCUGCCUGGCCCCAGCCCCGUCCCUGAGCCCAGCCCUGCUCCCCCAGGUGCAGAGCUUCCUGCGGGGCUGGCUGUGCCGCAGGAAGUGGAAGACCAUCAUCCAGGACUACAUCAGGUCCCCCCACGCUGACAGCAUGCGCAAGAGGAACCAGGUGGUGUUCAGCAUGCUGGAGGCCGAGGCCGAGUACGUGCAGCAGCUCCACAUCCUGGUCAACAACUUCCUGCGGCCCCUGCGCAUGGCCGCCAGCUCCAAGAAGCCGCCCAUCACCCACGACGAUGUCAGCAGCAUCUUCCUCAACAGUGAAACAAUCAUGUUUUUGCACCAAAUUUUCUACCAAGGCCUGAAGGCGCGGAUCUCCAGCUGGCCCACGCUGGUGCUGGCCGACCUGUUUGACAUCCUGCUGCCCAUGCUGAACAUCUACCAGGAGUUUGUGCGGAACCACCAGUACAGCCUGCAGAUCCUGGCGCACUGCAAGCAGAACCGCGACUUCGACAAGCUGCUCAAGCACUACGAGGCCAAGCCCGACUGCGAGGAGAGGACCCUGGAGACCUUCCUCACCUACCCCAUGUUCCAGGCUGGCAGGGCUGAGCCCUCUUUGUCCCUGCAGAACGGGGUGAUCUCCCUCAUCGACUGCACGCUGGUGGAGGAGCCCGAGAGCACCGACGAGGACGCCAAAACAUCAGGACAAGACAUUGACCACCUUGACUUCAAAAUCGUGGUGGAGCCGAAGGAUUCCUCAUCUUUCACCGUUAUCCUGGUGGCCUCAUCCAGGCAGGAGAAGGCUGCAUGGACCAGUGACAUCAGCCAGUGCGUGGACAACAUCCGCUGCAACGGGCUGAUGAUGAACGCCUUCGAGGAGAACUCCAAGGUCACCGUGCCCCAGAUGAUCAAGUCUGAUGCCAGCUUGUAUUGUGAUGAUGUUGACAUUAGGUUCAGUAAAACGAUGAAUUCCUGCAAGGUCCUGCAGAUCCGCUAUGCCAGCGUGGAGCGGCUGCUGGAGAGGCUGACGGACCUGCGCUUCCUGAGCAUCGACUUCCUCAACACCUUCCUGCACUCCUACCGCGUCUUCACCACCGCCCUCGUCGUGCUCGACAAGCUCAUCACCAUCUACAAGAAGCCCAUCAGUGCCAUCCCUGCACGGUCGCUGGAGCUGCUGUUUGCAAACAGCCAGAACAACAAGCUGCUCUACGGGGAGCCCCCCAAGUCGCCCCGGGCCAACCGCAAGUUCUCGUCGCCGCCGCCGCUGUCGCUGAGCAAGUCGUCGUCGCCCAGCCGGCGCAGGAAGCUGUCCCUCAACAUCCCCAUCAUCACCGGCGGCAAGGCGCUCGACCUGGCCGCGCUCAGCUGCUCCUCCAACGGCUACGCCGGCGUCUACUCCUCCAUGGCCCCCUUCAGCAAGACCACGCUGGACAUCAACAAGCUCUACGUGUCCAGUGCCUAUCCCAACAAGAUCCCCGACGAGGGAGAAGCGGCCGCGGAGAAGCAAGAGGAGUCCCUGCCGGGCAAGCAGAGCUCAGAGGUGUCUGUCAGGGAAGAGUCGGACACAGAUCCCAACCACAGCGAUGAAGCAGAAGCUGAAGCAUCACCAACAAAAUCUCCAACGACUCCCAAGUCCGUCAAGUGCAAAAAUUCAUCAGAUUUCUCGCUGUUUUCCUACAACAAUGGCAUGGUGAUGACGUCCUGCCGGGACCUGGACAGCACCCGCAGCGCCCUGUCUGCCACCUCCGCCUUCGCCAUCGCCACGGCGGGGGCCAACGAGGGCACCCCCACCAAGGAGAAGUACCGCAGGAUGUCCCUGGCCAGCGCAGUUUCAGGGUUCCCGACGGACCAGCGGAACGGGGACAAGGAGUUUGUGAUCCGCAGAGCCGCCACCAACCGCGUGCUGAACGUGCUGCGGCACUGGGUGUCCAAGCACUCCCAGGACUUUGAGACCAACGAGGAGCUGAAGUUCCGGGUGAUUGGCUUCCUGGAGGAGGUGAUCCAUGACCCUGAGCUCCUGACGCAGGAGAGGAAGGCAGCUGCCAACAUCAUCAGGACCUUGACGCAGGAGGAUCCAGGAGACAACCAGAUAACCCUGGAGGAAGUGGUGCAGAUGGCCGAGGGGGUCAAAGCAGAGCCCUUUGAGAACCAUUCAGCCCUGGAGAUCGCAGAACAGCUGACGCUGCUGGACCACCUGGUCUUCAAGAAGAUCCCAUAUGAGGAAUUCUUUGGGCAAGGCUGGAUGAAGCUGGAGAAGAACGAGAGGACUCCAUACAUCAUGAAGAACACAAAGCACUUCAAUGAUGUCAGCAACCUGAUCGCCUCGGAGAUCAUCCGCAACGAGGACAUCGCGGCGCGCGCCAGCGCCAUCGAGAAGUGGGUGGCGGUGGCUGACAUCUGCCGCUGCCUGCACAACUACAACGCCGUGCUGGAGAUCACCUCCUCCCUCAACCGCAGUGCCAUCUUCCGCCUCAAGAAAACGUGGCUCAAGGUCUCCAAGCAGACCAAGGCUCUGAUUGAUAAGCUCCAGAAGCUGGUGUCGUCGGAGGGCAGGUUCAAGAACCUGAGGGAGGCGCUGAAAAAUUGUGACCCCCCGUGUGUCCCCUACCUGGGCAUGUACCUGACGGACCUGGCCUUCAUCGAGGAGGGCACCCCCAACUACACCGAGGAUGGCCUGGUGAACUUCUCCAAAAUGAGGAUGAUCUCACACAUCAUAAGGGAGAUCCGCCAGUUCCAGCAAACCUCCUACAAGAUCGAGCACCAGCCCAAGGUACAGCCCUGUCCCAGAGCCUCGGGCAGGCUCUGCCCCUCAUGUCCCUCUUCCAUCACAGCAUCUAAGCCUUCUAACCUGGCAGCUCCCUGCUGGAGUCUGUUGGAGGGGUCAGGGGAUGGAGGGAGGCUGUGGGGGCUCAGCAGGCUCCCCCGUGGGCCCCAGGCAGCCGCAGCAGAGACCACCCAUCGCUGA